AUGGCACUCAAGCAAAUUCGUGUUGUCCGACUGGCGCACGUGGUAUAUCAGCACCCAGAUCUGGAAAGAGCACUCUCUUUCCUUCUUGAUUUUGGACUUGUGGAGCAGCACCGAACACCAGACCGGGUAUACCUUCGCGGAUACGGGAAACAACCAUUCGUCUACGUCGCCGAAAAAUCCCCAGACAACAAGAGACAUUUCAUCGGGGGCUACUGGGUCGUCGACAGCCUCGAGGAUCUGGAAGCGGCCGCUGCCCAUCCAGGUGGCUCCUCCAUCAAAGACAGUGAUGCACCCGGAGGUGGAAAGGUUGUCACACUCGGGGAUCCUAACGGCUACACGGUCGGCUUUGUCUUCGGGCAAAAACUGAGAGAUAGCGACGGCCCUGCGCCUCCUCUGGAAAAAACCGCACCGAUCGCAAACACUGCUCACCAAAAACCCAGAAAAGGGACAUUCCGUCGAUUCAAGCCGGGCGCAUCACCCGUACACAAGCUAGGACACUAUGGAUUUAUCGUCCCUGGGAGCAAAUUUGAGAGCUCGCUCUCUUUCUACACCAACCUCAUGAAUUUGAAGCCAACCGACGCCGUUUUCAACCCCGUGACUGGCAAAGAUGAGACGUGUUUUUGCCACAUAGAUCUUGGACCGGAAUAUACUGAUCACCAUAGUUUCUUUGUCGCAGCUGGUCCCGAGGACCGCCCUGUGUUCAUUCACCAUUCAAGUUAUGAAAUCAACGAUUUCGACACGCAGACCCUCGGCCACGAUUGGCUCCGAUCCAAAGGCUGGACGAAUUGCUGGGGCAUUGGGCGACAUGUUCUUGGAAGCCAGAUCUUCGAUUACUGGUUCGACGGCUCUGGAAACAUUGUGGAACACUACUCUGAUGGGGAUCUGGUGAACGAAGACACGCCUUUUGGAAGGGAGGCAGCUGCGCCAGAUACACUACACAUCUGGGGUCCAAAUAUUCCUCUUGCGUUUCUGUCGGGCAAAAUCGAAGACGCCGGCAAGGAGAUGCCUGUGCCUCCCGACCCGCUAGAAGCGAAACCAGCUCAGUACAACGUGCCUGUGGCAGCUUAG